GGAAACAUUACUGAACUGGAUUACUUUGUCUGAUGUCGUAAAUCAUAACUGAGAUCAACGAAGAGGAGCAGUCAAAGAAAGAAUAACGACUUACCCUCCAGUCCAGUGGAGCGGGGUGGGGCAUUCAAAAAGAAGUGCCACGUAAUACAUACCAAACUUGACCGUUUACGCAUCGCUUUCAGUUUCAGGCAGCUAGAAAUAGAAUAACCAUUUUGGUUCCCACCCCUCAUGCUUUUGUGAAUUGCAACGAACAGCACGACUCGCCAAAAUGUAUUGAAGCUCUCUUUAGGGUUUAUUUUUCUCUUUCUUUCGCCGGUUAAUGGCGGCCUCUGCAGAAAUCAUCGAUGGAGAUCACGCGGUGGAGCUGAUUGUCUGCAACUCAUCAUCAUCAUCAUCGUCGUCGUCGUCAUCUCCUGAUUCCUUCGCUGACAACGGCAACCCCACUGGCUCUCCGUCUGACGAAAUAACCCCUCUUCUAAAGCCUAAGAUCAACAUCUUUUCUGUUUCGCACUCUCGUAGAAAACCUAGAGAGCAAGUUGCAAAAUUACCUGAAACUGAGACGCCUCCAUUUAUACAGCUUAUAUUGUGGGUAUGGAGUGGAUCCAGAUACUCUGGUAUAUUGUGCAUGGCCUUAUCCUCCAGCAUCUACUUUGUCAUGGAAAUUCUUUCUCAUUCUUUCUCUACUCGAUCGAUUCCUUUGUUUGAGACUGCAUUUAUGAGAUGUACAAUAGUAUUGAUAUUAUCGUAUAUAUGGCUGAGGAGAAGUGGACAGCCAAUAUUUGGAGCAGUACAUGCUAGGAAACUUCUAUUUUUGAGAGCCCUAACUGGAUUUCUCUCACUGUUGAGUUUUAUUUAUUGCAUUCAGAGGUUACCGUUUUCUCAGGCUAUUAUAUUAAAUUUCACAACUCCAAUUGUGGCUUCAAUUUUGGCAAGACUAAUGCUUCAUGAAAAGUUAAAAAUUGCAGAUAUUGGAGGUCUCACUUGCAGUUUUUUUGGCGUGCUCUUUAUUUAUAGACAGAUACUUAGAACACAAGGGAUGUGGUUUGGAGCUGGGGAAGCAAACAAUACAUCUGCCAGUGGAAGCCACCAUGUAUAUGCUGUAUUGGCUGGUCUAUUGUCCUUGAUAACUGGUGGAAUCAGCUAUUGUUUUAUAAAGGCCGGAGCAAAGGCAUCUGAUCAACCUGUGGUCACUGUUUUUUCAUUUGGCCUGCUGUCUAGCCCUGCAGCAGGAAUAUGUGCAUUUGCAUUUGAGGAAUUUGUGGUGCCAGAUUUCUGUUCAUUCUUGCUUAUGCUCAUACUUGGUGUCCUUGCUUUCAUAGUAGAGGUGCUCUUAGCUCGUGGUCUUCAGCUUGAGAAGAUCAGCAAAGCUACAAAUGUACAGUAUAUUGAGGCUGCCCUAUCACAGUUGUGGGGAAUUGAUUCUUCAAGAAUAUCUUCGUCUUUUGCUGGUCUAGUAGGAUGUUUACUUAUCAUAAUUUCAGUAUGUUGUACUGUAUAUAUUGGGCCAGACAAAGAGAUUGAGUGAGUGAUAUAAGAGCUGUCCUAUUAGGAGUGAGCACCACAGCAGUAUCAUAUCUGUGUAGCCAUUUUGGUGUAUUGAACUUGUUAACAUUGGUUUUAGGAAGGAAAAAGAAGGAACCCUAAUUUUGAAAGCUUAAAAUUGUGUGCAGCAGCUCUUGGUUAUUGGGCAGUGGACAAUUUUGCAAGCAUCAAGUCUAUAAAUAUGUGUGCCACUUUCGGCUUGCAGCAUUAGGCCUAUAUUCAUGUGCCACUUUCAUUUCAGGCUGGGAUUAAAGAAUUGAGCAAUUUGAAAUUUCAAGUGCCCUUUUGUUCUUCAUUCUGAAAUAAGUCAAGACUCGAGUAUACAUUAUGCAAAAUGCCAUGAAUUUUGGGAUUUA